AUGAGUUACAUCAAGAAGGAUGAGGACGCCGACCAGACCAUGAUUAAGCUGGAUCGCACCUCCGUAUUUCAAGAUGCACGAUUGUUCAAUACUUCCCCGAUCUCCCCUCGAACAUGCCGCACUCUCCUGACCAAGAUUGCGGUGCUCCUUUUCACUGGGGAGCAGUUCCCCACAAACGAGGCGACUACCCUCUUCUUCGGUAUCUCCAAAUUGUUCCAGAAUAAGGACCCCUCGUUGCGGCAGAUGGUCUAUCUCAUCUUGAAAGAGUUGGCAAACACUGCGGAGGAUGUGAUCAUGUCCACCAGUAUCAUCAUGAAGGACACUGCGGUCGGUAGUGAUGUCGUCUACCGGGCCAAUGCCAUCCGUGCUUUGUGCCGCAUUAUUGAUGCUACUACGGUACAAGGGAUUGAGAGAUUGAUCAAGACCGCCAUUGUCGACAAGACCCCGUCUGUUUCCUCCGCCGCCCUGGUAUCUUCUUAUCACCUUCUUCCGAUCGCCCGUGAUGUUGUCCGCAGAUGGCAGAGUGAAACACAGGAAGCCGCCUCUUCCUCGAAGCAAUCGACCGGUUUCCUUGGUUUUGGUGGUAGCUCUCAAGCCCAUGCUAUCUCCCAGUCCAAUUUCAUGACUCAGUACCACGCGAUUGGUCUUUUAUAUCAGAUGCGCUCGCACGACCGAAUGGCAUUGGUGAAGAUGGUCCAACAGUAUGGUGCUGCGGGUGUGGUCAAGAGCCCUGCUGCGUUGGUCCUGCUGGUGCGGUUGGCGGCGAAGCUGGCAGAGGAAGACCCGAGCUUGAGGAAACCUAUGAUGCAGAUGCUUGAUGGCUGGCUCCGACACAAGCAUGAGAUGGUCAACUUCGAAGCGGCAAAGGCAAUUUGCGACAUGCGAGAUGUCACCGAUGCGGAAGCCUCCCAGGCGGUCCAUGUCCUGCAGCUGUUCCUGUCCUCCCCCCGAUCUAUCACCAAGUUUGCGGCAAUUCGUAUCCUCCAUAAUUUCGCAAGCUUCAAGCCGCACGUGGUGAACGUGUGCAACCCUGACAUAGAGUCGUUGAUCUCGAACUCCAACCGCUCCAUCGCGACCUUCGCGAUCACCACCCUCCUCAAGACCGGCAACGAGGCCAGCGUCGAUCGCCUGAUGAAGCAGAUUUCUGGAUUUAUGGCCGAUAUCACGGAUGAAUUCAAGAUCACCAUUGUUGAGGCUAUCCGCACACUCUGUCUGAAGUUCCCCAGCAAGCAGGCGGGUAUGCUCGCGUUCCUGAGUGGAAUCUUGAGGGACGAGGGCGGUUACGAGUUCAAACGUAGCGUUGUUGAGAGCAUGUUUGACCUCAUCAAAUUCGUUCCCGACAGCAAGGAAGACGCGCUCGCCCACCUCUGUGAGUUUAUUGAGGAUUGUGAAUUCACCAAGCUGUCCGUUAGAGUUUUGCAUCUCCUUGGUGUUGAAGGCCCGAAGACUUCGCAUCCCACCAAGUAUAUCCGUUAUAUCUAUAACCGUGUCGUGUUGGAAAACGCCAUUGUCCGGGCUGCGGCAGUCACAGCCUUGGCUAAAUUUGGUGUGGGACAAAAGGAUCCGGAAGUGAAGUCGAGUGUCUCCGUUCUUCUCACCCGCUGUCUAGAUGAUAUUGAUGACGAGGUGCGCGACCGUGCUGCCCUCAACCUGCGGUUGAUGUCCGAAGAGGACGAGACAGCAUUGGUUUUUAUCAAGAAUGAAUCCAUGUAUUCACUUUCGACCUUCGAACAUCAGCUCGUGAUGUAUGUGACGUCGACGGAAAAGCAAACGUUCGCCGCAGCGUUUAAUGUGGCUACAGUCCCAGUUGUUACACAUGAACAAGCGUUGGCCGAAGAACGGACCAAGAAGCUCACGACCGCGACACCCACACUCAAGGCUCCAUCCACUGGACCUCCCAAGGGCAAGGCAAACGGCGUGGCCGAAGCAGCCACUGCAGCAGCCACUCAAAAGUACGCGGAGCAGCUUAUGCAGAUUCCAGAGCUCAAAGAGUAUGGAACGUUGCUCAAGUCCUCUGCUCCCGUCGAACUUACCGAAAGCGAGACGGAGUACGUCGUCACCGCUGUCAAGCACGUCUUUAAGGAGCACGUUGUUCUGCAGUACGAUAUCAAGAACACACUUCCUGAUACUGUUCUGGAAGACGUGACUGUGGCGGUGGCACCAUCAGAGGAAGACAUCCUGGAGGAGGAGUUCAUCGUUCCUGCCCCUAAACUCCCCACGAAUGAACCCGGCAUCGUAUAUGUUACGUUCAAGAAGCUUGCUGGCGAGCAUAGUGUCCCAGUCACCUCGUUUACAAACGUCCUGAGGUUCACCAGCAAAGAAAUCGACCCUACAACAGGCGAGCCCGAGGAGAGUGGUUACGAGGACGAAUACCAAGUCGAAGACCUGGAACUCACAGGCAGCGAUUACGUCAUCCCUACAUUCGCAGGCAGUUUCGACCAUGUCUGGGAGCAGACCGGUGCGAAUGGGGAGGAAGUCAGCGAGACUUUGCAACUCAGCAAUAUGAAGGGUAUUUCAGAUGCCACCGAACAACUUAUCUCCGCACUCUCCUUGCAGCCACUUGAAGGCACUGAUGUGGCACUAAACAACAGCACUCAUACUCUCAAACUGUUCGGUAAGACGGUAUCCGGCGGCCGUGUCGCCGCCUUGAUCAAGAUGGCAUUCUCCAGCAAGGCUGGUGUGACAACGAAGAUCACCGUCCGGGCAGAGGAAGAAGGUGUUGCGUCCGCCGUGAUUGCGUCUCUCUCCUGA